AUGAUUAUGACAUCGAUCAAAGACCAGUUCAUUGACGCAGAUCAACCACAUCUGUUUCAGUUCUGGGAAAAGCUUACACAGGAGGACCAAGCCUUGUUCUUAGAACAGCUUUCCAAAUAUCCCAACCCACGCCUGCUUUGCAACACGGUCAAACAGGCAAUCCAGUUAAAUGCGGAAAGCACCUCUGGCGGUAGCAGCAAGAAUGCGUCUCCGUUACCAGAAUCGUCCUGUGUUUCCAUCCUGGAGGAGACCGCGUCUGACCUGAAGAAAUGGGAAGACCAGGGCUUUGAGUUGUUUCACAAGGGCCAAGCAGCCAUUGUGUUGAUGGCCGGUGGUCAGGGUACGCGCCUGGGAUCCGAGAAUCCCAAGGGAUGCUACGACAUUGGACUGCCUUCGAACAAGCCUGUGUUCCAGAUUCAGGCUGAGCGCAUUCUGAAACUGCAACAGUUAACUGACGAAAAGUAUAGCACCACUGGAACGGUUAUUCCAUGGUACAUUAUGACUUCUGGUGCCACCAGGGCCACUACGGAAAAGUUUUUCAACAGCCACAACUACUUUGGACUUCAGAGAGAAAACGUUGUGUUUUUUGAUCAAGGCUUUUUGCCAUGUUUCAGCAUGGAUGGCUCCAAGAUUCUCAUGAAGGACCAGCACAACAUCUGUGAGGCUCCUGACGGAAACGGAGGCUUGUAUAAGUCUAUGUACGACAGCGGUGUUUUGCAGGACUUUCAGCAAAGGGGAAUCAAGCACAUCCACAUGUACUGUGUGGACAACGUGCUGGUGAAGGUUGGUGAUCCUGUUUUCUUGGGAUGGGCUUCGUCUCAGAAAUAUGAUAUCGCAACCAAGGUGGUGAGGAAAAGAAGUGCCCACGAGUCCGUUGGUCUCAUUGUUCUGGAUCGUGAUUUGAACGCUCCAUCGGUGAUUGAGUACUCCGAGAUCUCCAAAGAGUUGUCCGAGAAGGUUGACGAAGACACUGGAAAGCUGCAUCUGAGAGCUGCCAACAUCGUCAACCAUUAUUACAACGUGGACGUUCUGAACAGAAUGAUCCCAGAGUGGAUCUCGUCUCAGGACUUCCUUCCUUUCCAUAUUGCCAAGAAGAGGAUUGCCUCAUUGGACUUCAAGACUGGAGAGUUGGUCAAGCCAGUUGAACCAAAUGGAGUCAAGCUGGAGCAGUUCAUCUUUGACGUGUUCCCAAGCAUCACCCUGGAAAAGUUUGGAUGCAUGGAGGUUUGCAGAGAUUCCGAGUUUUCGCCUCUAAAAAACGCCCCAGGAGCUGCUAACGAUACACCCCAGACGUGCUUGUCAAGUAUAUUGAAUAGAUCCACGAAAUGGGUGCUGGAAAACGGUGGAUUGUUGGAGUCUCCAGAUGCUCAGGUCGAGGUUAGUCCAUUGACAAGUUAUAAUGGCGAGGGUUUGGAGUUUGUGAGAGGCAAGGUGUUCAAGAAUGGCGAAUGCAUAUGA